GUUCGACUGAAGAAAAGAUAAGCCGGGAUUGCCGAGGGCCUGUGUUUUAUUUAUACAACCUUCUCUGUCUGACUAUAUUUACAUAUGUAUUAAGAAAGCAGCGACUUUAAACGGUGCACAAACAAGUAAGAACACCACGUGUUCCUAAAUUUUAAAAUAAAAAUUAAAAAUAAAUAAAGAUUAUCUUUUAUUAUUUUCGAUUAAAUAUUUUCGAUUAUAUAAUCGAUAUCAAUUCAAACAAUUAAUACGUUACUUGUAUUUUAAUUUUCAUGCUUUAUUUUAUAAAUAUUCCAAUACUUACUGAUUGAAUUGUAUAAAUCGUUUCGUUGCUUUUAUACUUAUACUUAAAGUAAAGAGUAGAUAAAUUAUAUAUCGAAUUUGAUCGAAAUGUGUGCAUUAUAAUUACAGUGAUUUCAGUUUUACAACUUCAAGAAUAUAUUAAAAUAACGUGAUUGUGUAAAUUAAUUAUAUAUAUGUUCCAAUAAUUUAUAGAUAUAGAAUAACAAUGAUAUCCUGCAAAUUUAAACAUCAUUAACAAAAAUCAAUUUGACAACCUAAACGUUAACCUAACCUGAAUCAAUAUUUAUAUGAAAAAGCAAAGGAAAAAGUUAUUAAUUUAUGAAAAAUAUUAUGAUACGAUUGUCACAAUAUGAAUUAAAAAUAUGCAUUUUUCAACGAAUGAAAGCCCUGAUCUCAUAGUUAGGAACAAAGGUGUUCGUGCAUUGUUCGGAUUCAGCAAUGUUCAAGGACUUUCGAUAAUCACCCAUUACGUGAACUUAAAAGCAUUAUAAAAAUAAGUCAUAAAUUUAAAGAACAAAUAAUUAUAUCGACAUGUCAAUUUUUCACUUUCUUGGAAAACUGAUUAAAGUUAGUAAUGAAAUGAUCACCGGAAAUAAACUGGAAUUUCCGGCAAUGUCUCUUGGAUCUACCAUUGUGAUUGGAGAGAUGAAUUGCGUCUCACUAGAAAGAACGAAUAGCGUCAUGUUAAUACAGGCUUAGAGGGAAUCGGAAACUGUUGCUGACUCUCUUUCUUUCGGUCGUAAGCCGGCACCGGUUCACCAUAAGAACCGACUGUGACGCGUGCCAACUGCUCCGAAAUUAUUCUGGUGCGCAGUACACCGUUGCAUUUACUGAUCUCAUCAGUUCGACCAGCCCACUUUAUAUUUUCUGACGUGAUUUUAACGCGGUAAGCUCUAAACGAUACACGAUGGCGGCAGUUGACUGUUACCAGAAUCAAGCUCAGAACGAGAGUACCGGCCAGACACAAACUCAACAACAGCAGUCUCAACAGCAAUCCCAACAACAACAACAAUCACAAUCACAACAGCAACAACCACAACAACAACAAGCUACCGCCGGAAUUCCAGGCAAAGAUGACGAACGCAAACUUUUUGUUGGUGGCCUAUCGCGUAAUACUACGGACAAAGAAUUACGAGAUCAUUUUAGUAAAUUUGGUGAGAUUGAAAGUAUCUCUGUUAAAAUUGAUCCUUAUACCGGUAUUUCACGAGGUUUUGCGUUUAUGGUAUUUACUAAUCCCAAAACGAUCGACAAACUUCUGGCUUCAGGGGAGCAUUACAUCAAUAAAAGAAAGGUGGAUCCCAAGCGGGUGAGUAAAAAGCCACAACAUGGUAAAAUUUUUGUGGGAGGCCUUACUCCUGAAAUUACCGAUGAAGAUAUCAAAACAUAUUUUGGACAAUAUGGUACAAUUGUUGAAUUGCAAGCACCAUAUGAUAAGGUAAAAAAUCAGAGAAAAGGAUUUUGUUUCAUAACAUUUGACUCAAAAGAAGUUGUCUACAAAUUAUUAAAAACACCUAAACAAACGAUAAAUGGAAAAGAAGUGGAUGUCAAAAAAGUAAAAGUUAAUCCAGACCCAAGGAAUCAAGGAUUUUGGGGUCCAGGCUAUGGUUACGGUUAUGGCGGAGGCUAUGGUUACAUUCCUGAAUAUUGUAAUGGCUAUCAAGGGGGAUAUGAUGAUAUGUACGCAAAUUAUGAUUAUGCUGGUUAUGAUGGAUAUGACAACAUGGGAUAUGGGGUUCAAGGUAAGCCACGAGGAAAUGGUCAGGGACCACGUCAAUUUCAAAGACAUCAGCCGUAUUAAAAAUGGAUUUAUGAAUCCUAUAUACUCAAAAUUUGGUGAUAAAGCAAGAAUAUAGUAAGGAGUAGAACAUCUUUGAAUGCAGGCUAAGACUGAGAUAGGGAAAUUUGGGAUAAAAGAGCUUAUAGAGCCAUUAAAAGACUCUUAUGAAAGCCCCAAACUCCCUAAUCUUUGUAUGUUGGGUCUGUAAAAUACUAGAUAACUCUAUGUACAUUUACUAAAAAAAGGGGGAAUUUUCAUUGAUUUACAAUUGGUGUAAUUUAAAGAAUCAAAAGGAUCAUGUCUUUUUCUAUCUAUGCACAUUUUAUCAUUUAUUACACAAAAAUUAUUGGUGAAUUUAUUAAAAUAAAACUUCAAGUAUUUUUAUUAAAACCGAAUACUUUAUAUAGAAAGUUGUUUUUCACACAUAGGAACCAUAUACAAGUUGAAAAUUUAAACAAUUGAUUUACUCCUAUUUUCUUGUUAUUCAUGAUUCAUAAUACUAACAUGUAUAUCUUAUAAUUUAAUACUCUAAUUAUUCUUUAGCAUCUUAAGUUGCAUUACUAAAGUAUUGUUUAUUAUAUGCUUGGUGUUAAUCUUAUUAUUAGAAACACAAUGUUGUUUACAAUAGAAUUUUAAGUUGAUAAACAGUUUCAGUUCAGGAAGCAUGUGUCAGUUAGGGAUAAUUGAUAGACGUAAAACAAAGUACCAUUCAUGGACCAAUGGUUCGUACUCCUAAUUAAACGUACUUCUUCCUCAUAAAUUUGUAACCUAUACGUAUUAUCUAGUAUCAUCUAUGAUUGUUUGUACACUAAAAUAAGUCCUGUAACUUAUACGAAUCGUAAGGUAUCGUAAGAAACAUACGCAUCUUCGUAUGUUAUAUGUAUAUACGUGUACACAUACAUAAUGUUGUACACGUGUGCGAAUUAGUAUAUAAUAAAGUAGGAAUUAAGAGAAAGAUAAAAAUAAUUAAAAAUGAAUAUAAUUAAAAUAUGAACGUCCUGGGUAGAUACGCGAAGAGUGCGCGAGUGGUAGAAGAUGGUUACAAAAUAUUCUAAAAUGAUAUUUGAAAUCACAUAAGAAAAGCAAUAAAUAUACUGUAAUUUGCACUAAACUUUAUGAUAAAUCAUAUACUAUUUUUUCUGUUUUUAUUUUUUAUUCUAUUUCUUUUUUCUUUUUUCUUUUUUUUUUUUUUUUCCUUUUUGGUAUUUGAAUGAUAUUUUAAUUUCUAUGAGAUAUAGCUUAAAAAAUAUGAUUAAUAUAAUCAAUGAUUUUCAAAAGUUGCUACACUCGUGUACUCCUAUGUCACAUAGACCUCAAAUAUAAAAUAUAAAAAUGGCAAAAAUGAUUGUGGGUUAUUACAAAAAUUUUGCAAACACUGAAUCAACAGAAUGUUUAAGGCAUCGAAACUAAUAAAAAUAUAACUUUUGUAUAAUUUAGGCUACUAUGACAUUUUUUGCAUUUGCAUCAAACAGUUGUUCCUGUCUGGUGUACAAAGACUGUUCUUCAUAUCGCAAGAAGACUGUUCAUAUGUAGAGUAUCAUUUAAAAUGAUACAGAAUACUAGAGAAUUUGACAGCCAAUACAUCUUGUGAUUUUCUGGACUAAAAAAAGUUUAAAGGGGUGACAAAAUAAUUAUAGAAAAUGUAGAUAUGGCAUUGUGGGAACUACAUUUAGGUACAUCGAAAUUAUAUUAUACACACAAGGCUGAUAAGGCUUUAAACAUUCAAGUUUUUCUCAGAUGUCACAAAAGUAUUGACAGUUUGGCUUAAAUAAAUUUCAUAAUAUGCAUGUACAUGGUAAAUAAAUCGUUUUUUGAAAAAAAUAUUUUAAGCCAAACUAAUUAUACUUUUGAAAAUAAAUCUGUAUACUGUGUAUACCAUAUUUGCUGCGUGUGGAUGAAAAAAUAUAUAUAUAUUAAAAAAAGAGAUCAGAUUGUGAAAUUAAAGGAAAUAACACAAAUAUUUUGUUACUAUUGAUUACUAUUCGCCUGUUUCACCCAUGACACAGUGUAUAUUUUAAUUAUAACAAAAAAUAAAAUAUUCAUUACUUGAAAA